AUGCGGCCCAGUCUAGCCAUCAGACUAUCGAGAUCGCUCAAAAUGGCUCUUCACCCCCCACCCGAGAGCGACAAGCUCAUCUUUGCUCCCGCCGGUUCUCAACAGAACACGCGCGCAGAUCAAUUCACGCUGUCUGCGCUGCACCGGCGCGACCUGCACCCAUCAGGCUCCCCCAUCCCGCAGUUCCACACGUGGUUCACGGCGGCGCAGGCCUCGCACCUUGUCUCGCACCCGGAGACGUGCACAUUGUCUACGGCGUCCCUGCCCUCGGGCCGCGUCUCCGCGCGCAUGGUCUAUCUCAAGGAGCUCGAUAGCAAGGGCGGCUUUGUGGUGUACACCAACCUCGGCACAUCCCGAAAGGCGGCGGACCUGGCAACCAACAAGCACGCAUCGCUCGUGUUCUGGUGGGAGGCUCUACAGAGGCAGGUCCGCGUUGAGGGUGUGGCCGCGAGGUUGACGCCCGAAGAGAGCCAGGUGUAUUAUGACACGCGCGUCCGCGGAAGCAGGAUCGGCGCGUGGGCUAGCAGACAGAGCCAGGUCCUCGAGCCCAAGGAGGGCAUCGUGAGCGCCGAGGGUGAGGACGACGGCCGCGCGCAGCUGGAAGGCUGGGUCAAGGAGGUCGAAGAGCGAUUCCAAGGCCAGGAAAAGAUUCCUGUUCCUGAGUUCUGGGGCGGUCUGAGAAUCGUGCCGGAUCGGAUUGAGUUCUGGCAGGGACGAGAGAACCGCCUUCACGACCGCUUCGUUUAUGAGAAGGAGGAGGUCGGCGAGGAUAAGUGGACCAUUAACAGGCUUAGCCCCUGA